UGUAGGAGCGAGCGAGCGCGCAAAGAGGGGGAUGGGGAGAAUUGUUUUUGUGUUGCAUUCCUGCAGUGUGUUUGACCUUUGACCUCGUUGUUGUGUUCUUCUCGUCUUGCAUUCCAAAGUGAGGAUUUCCUGCAGUAUGCCAAAGGCGUUAGUAGUGGCUGCUGGGGCUCGCCUGUUCUGUCCCAUGUCUGUGUUUACCACUAUUUAACCAGCAAGACGUUACAAAUAACCUACCUGGUCUGUGUGCACAACGCCGCUGCUGCAACAACCGAUCGCUUUACUUGACAUAGCGCGCUAGAAUAUACGGAGUGAAUACGCAAUUAUAUUUUCCUAGUUGAGGAGAGAAAAGGAAUCUGAGACCUUUUGGUAUUUCAGCUAGCCUAGCACGCUAGCGGGCUUUUGCCGUAAAUCACGCACACGUUUCAUAUCCGCCGAAUCGAGCUGAGGCUGCUGCAGAGAAUCCGCACCCGCGAGACAACACUGAGGAAAUGAAGGACAAACAGAAGAGAAAGAAGGAGCGCACGUGGGCAGAGGCAGCUCGCAUGGUUCUGGAGAACUUUUCUGAUGCCCCAAUGACACCUAAACAGAUUCUACAUGUCAUCCAAACAAAGGGGCUCAAAGAAAUGAGUGGCACAGCCCCACUGGCCUGUUUGGUCACCAUGCUUCAUUCUCAGGUCAGAGGAGACCGAGUGAAAAACUCUAUUUUCUUCAAGCUGCCAGGAAGGAUGAGUCUGUUUACGCUGAAGAAAAAUGCCCUUCAGUGGACAAAGAGCCCAACAGCAACAGAUUCUGGAGAUGCAUCCAGCACCCCAACAGCAUCCACCACAGCAACAGUUGGAGCGGUAGGGGCAGAGCAGGAGAGCUGUGACUCCACAGAGACCGCUGCUGCUAGUGGUGAAAAUGAUGCUUCUGUGGAUGAGACCUCUUCCAGUGCCUCUUGCUCCACAGAACCACAGACCAGACUGAGUCGAUCUUCACAGUCAGGGAGACAGAGGAAGAAAGCAGUGAUGAUGCCCCGUGUAGUGCUCACUCCUCUCAAGGUCAACGGUGAACACGUCCCAUCAGGAGCAGCGGGGAGGCGCAGGGAAGGCUCUAGGGGGGGUCCAGGCCCCACUCUCCGUGCCCGCUCCGAGCUGGGCUGGAAACGCACCCAGCACUUCAAGAGCAUGCGUGGCCUUCGUUCAGGUCCCAUGAAGAGGAACAGAGGAGGAGUGGAGGUGGAUUUUGAGACUCCAGGCUCCAUCCUGGUCAACACUAACAUUCGUGCUCUCAUCAACACACGAACCUUUGCUGCAUUUCCCACUCACUCGCAGCAGCAACUCCUCCAUCUUCUUCCAGAGGUGGACAGACAGGUUGGCCCUGAUGGCCUUGCACGGCUAAGCAGCUCAGCCCUCAAUAAUGAAUUCUUCACUCAUGCCUCCCAGAGCUGGAAAGAGCGGCUUGCUGAGGGCGAGUUCACACAUGAGAUGCAAGUUCGGUUCAGGCAAGAGAUGGAGAAGGAGAAGAAAGUAGAGGCAUGGAAGGAGAAAUUCUUUGAGGAGUAUCAUGGUCAAAGGUCUGGCUUGACUAGAGAGGAGGCAUUAAAACUCACAAUGAGUGAUGAGGGAGAUGUUGCAGGUGCAGUUCUGGACUCUGAUUCUGCCACAGUGGUUACACCCAAGAGGCGAAAUGUUGGAAGACGAAGGAGGGAAGGCCGUAUAAGACGCCGUUCACGAGCUGACCUUAGACGUAGGGCUCGUCGCACACUUUGCAAAACUACGGCUGCAGCUGUUCCACCAGCAGAACCAACUGAGAGCAAUACAACCUCAGAUGUUGUAACAUCAGUUGCAUCACCAGUCCCAGAAGCUACAGUAGUUCAGGGAGAGGUGGUCCUUCAAGAAGACCUUGGACUGAAAGCCCCAGAAGAAGACCUCUCUGCAGAAGCAGUCCCCUCCCCUGUUCCUGUACCUACACCUCCUCCAGCCUCCACAAACUCAACCUGCGAUGAACCAGAAGCCUCCACACACCUGCUGUCUGAAGUGGCCGAACCGGCUGUUGCAUCCACCUCCUCUCCGUCCUCAUCCUCUUCUUCAACAUCGUCAUCAUCGUCGCCCUCUUCAUCUCCCUCCUCUGCCUCAGACAGACAGGCUUUUGCCGCAAGCUCUGACUCUUCUUCCUCUUCCUCCUCAACGGCUGCUGUUGGUACAGACCCGCUUGAUGACGGGGCUUCAGUCAUCACCACUGGCACAGCAGGCACAGGUGCAAGCAGCAGGGAGAGCAGCCCAGCAGCCAGUCCUACCACAGCAAGCCCUGCACUUCAGCUCAAAGAUCAGAAGAGGAGGCCAGACGAGUCCCAGGCCUUCACCAGCUUUCCAGAGAAAAGAGCGCGGCUGGAUGAGCGUCAGUCCUUUCGUAACACAGUUGACUGUGUGCACUCAGAAAAGCCACAACCUUCAACAGAGGAGCCUAAGGUCCCGCCAAUCAGGAUACAGCUCUCCCGGAUCAAACCGCCCUGGGUCAAGGGGCCGCCAACGUACCAAAUCUGUCCCCGCAUCGUGCCCCCCAGUGAAGGGUCGCGGCGCUCUGGGACGGGGGCGCGCACCCUGGCGGACAUCAAGGCCCGUGCACAGCAAGCCCGAGCCCAGCGGGAAGCCGCUGCUGCUGUUGCAGCCUCUGGGGAAGGGGGAGGGCCUCGGGGGAGCGGCCCGGGGGGUGGUACUGGGAUACCGGAUCGCACCUGCGGGAGGCGUUCAAGAGAGCACCCGGGUCCCGUUGAACCUGGAGGAGGAAGACGAGGAGAAGGAGGACGAGAUGAUUUGGAGGAGCAGGAAUCGCCUGCGAGCUCUCAUUCAUCUGGAGCACAACUACAGCUGUCCAGUGUAGAUUCAACAGUGAUGCCUCAAGCCACAACCCCACUUACUCCACCAUCUCCAUCCUCUGUGUUUUCAAACCCAUCUCUGCCACAAUCAGAGUCUCCAAAAACACUCACACCAUCACCACCUGCAGCUGACAGCCCUGCAUCCCAGGACCAGGUGGAGGAGAUUUGUGGAGUGGAAGAUGUGACAGCCUGCCCAAGUGAUAAAGCCUCCGAGCAGACCUUAGAAACCCCAGUGCCUACGCCAAGUGAAUCAGAGUCUUUUUGCAGUCAUCAAGAGGGCAGAGCUGAGGAGACGGAGUCCAUUGAGAGUAGAACAACCACGCCUGUUUGCACCUCAGCAUCAAAUGAUACCAUUUCUUUAGUACCCACUUCCAUACCAGACUCUCUGCCAAGAUUUGGGGCCCAGGGUGUGGAUGUCAUUAGGACCCUGGCAGCUUCAUCUCAACCCUGGGAAGGUGAACAGAAUGGUGGUGAGCAUCAUCCAGGGACAACUGGCGUUAUCCAGCAUGGUUCAGACAUAAAAAUACCCAAAGAGACGCCCAUUAUUGCCCGAAAUGGAUGGGUGGAAGGGAGUGAACAGCAUUCCAUGAGAGAGGGGUUGUUACCAGAACAUAAGAAUUGUGGAGGUGAUGCUGAUGCCAAAUAUGAAUCGGGCUCUCUGCCUUGUCUGCCAGGUAGUGCUGGAGAAGAUGACACUGGAGCACACAGUGAUUCAACAGAAACUGCAUCAGACUUUGAAAAUGAAACUCAAGAGAAUGAAGCCAUAGACUGUCAUGGAACACAGAUGAAUAGUAACAACAUACAAUUUCCGAAUUCAAAGUUACAGAAUCAGCCUGUCAUUCAGACCCCAAGUCGACUUGCUUCAUCAAUGUUGAGUCCUCCACAGCAACAGCAACCAGUCAUACAGGCCCAUGUAUCUAACCCUACCCACAAUCAAACUGUCAUCCAGGCUCGCUUCCCUAAUGGUGUGCCAAACCAGCCAGUAUUUAAUCCUCAAAAGCAGCAUACAAUACGUAUCCAUGCUAUAAACCAUGCUCAGGACCAGACUGCUGCUGCGCCCACUCAAGCCCAAUUGCAUGCAUAUAUCACACAGGCAGAAUGGGACCAAAGCAGAAAUCUAAGAAUGAAUGAUAACAGCAAUGGUGUGAAGCUCUUUGUCCCAACAGAGGAUGAAAACAAAAUUAUCAGCAGAGGGCCUGCAGAGGAUUAUGGACUAAAAAAUUCUCCAGUUGCUCCAAUUGGCAGAAGAGUCUCGACUCCAAACUCAACUCGACCAGUUUCCUCAGUAGAGGCCAACAAUCCUCUUGUCACCCAGCUUCUUCAAGGUAGCCUACCGUUAGAAAAGGUUUUACCCCAGCCUCACUCGGUCAGCAAACUGGAAAUUAAUAGACUCCCAGGUGCCCCUGCGGGUAACACAGCAAAUCGUCAACCUGGAGGACCUCCAAGGAACUUGGGUCCACGUUAUAGAGGCCCAUCUGAGACGGGAGGGUCUAUAGAAUCUAGUGGCUCUGAGUUUCAGCACAAAGCCCCAUCAGCUCGAGUAUCUCCUGGACCUGGCUGGAACUUUGGUUCUUCCCCACCAGGUUCUGCUCAAUCACGAAUGGUAUGCUUAUUUGAGGAAGCUAGCCCAAGAUCCACGAAUAUUCAAUUCAGUUCCCAACAACCAGGAGGUCAAGUGCCCCCAGGAGCAGUACCUGUCAUAACAUCGCUUCCCUCAAACUCUGCUGUCAGGACCUCAAUGGAAAUUAACUCCCAAAAUGCUCUGGUUUAUGAAUCGGCUGUCAUUAAAGAGCACCCUGGACCUCAGCCUCAACGGGGUGAAACUCCAGAGAGGCCUGCUGGCUUUCAACAACAUCCAAACAAUCUCUCCCAGUCUGUGUGCAGAACCACGGCUGAUGCUCCCUCAUCUCCACGCAGCAACCUUUGUCCCUCUGAGGUUGUACCUACUGUUAAGAUUAACUGGCGCCCAACCAAACCCCAGCCACCUCAGACAAAUCAGCAACCGCUCUCCCCUGUAGCUACAGUAAAGAAUGAAGUCACCUCACGCCCUUCGUGCCAACAAGCUCUCACCAAAAAUUCACCUGCUCCUAUCAGCUGCAAUACUUCUUUUGUUAUAACCAAAAAGGAGCCUUCGAGCACUCUGGACAGUUUUCAUGGUGGUGGUGGAGCUAUGGAGGGACUGCUAAAUAUGGAAAUGUCUCUUGCCAGAAUGGCCAAAAAGGAACCAGUCAAAAACCCUUAUCGUCGCCAAACAGACACCUCAGCCACUCCUGUCUCCUCUCCUUCCUCGUCUGCCUCUCAUCUCCCUUAUCAGCUAUAUGGCAAGCUACCAAAACUACAGCAGUGUGGGGGGUCCUCCACCAGCUUCAGUUACACAGCUAAUGUUUCCAUGGUGGACGGUAGUGGGUUCUCCCGCAGUUUAGCUGAUGGUGUGCUGCAGCUAAGGCCACGCAUGAGUGUCGGCAGUGGUGGAGGCCAGAAUUCUAAGCUAAGCAUUCAGGCAUUUGCAGACAGUGCCGCAGAAGAAGUGGCUCUGAAGUGUUCCUGCCGACUUAAGGCCAUGAUCAUGUGCCAAGGCUGUGGUGCUUUCUGCCACGAUGAUUGCAUUGGCCCCUCCAAACUCUGCGUGUCUUGUCUAGUGGUCAGAUAGUUUGAUGCAGCUCCUCAAAACUGAGCCUAUAGGUCAGAGCAAAUACUUUGGCCACUCUUGACAUUCUAGCCCCUUGCAAGUGGUUAUAUACUACAGGAAGUCUUGGACUCUUGUGAGCGAAGAUGUGGCUGGCCAGAUUUUUGUUGAUGGGCCAGGCAAUACAGUAGGGCUUGUAAGAUAAAAUUCAGUCUGUAUUUUUGUUGCAUAUUUUUUCUAUUGCUGUUAUGAUGGUGUUAUUAUUAUUAUGAUUUCAAUAAUAAUUAUAUAUUGGUAUUAUUAUGUGAAUUUACGUGGCACGGUUGAUUGUCAAUUGUGCCUUUUCUUUCCCCCUGCAACAAAACAUUUACCUCAUCUACUUGACACCAGUCAUCAGUUCAGUGAAAAUGGUGGCGUUCCUGUUUAUUUUCUUCUCUUGAUGACUCUGUGAAGAGAGCUUUAAGAGUAUUUUUUGUGUAAUGUCUUGCAAAGAAAUAUUUUUUUAAUCAUUAAACGAAAAAUUACAUUUUUGUUAAGUGCUUUCCCUCCUUUUGUUUUCAUUUUAUUUUCUCAUCCAAAGUGAAGUCCAGUCUGUACUUGGCGGUUAAGCACAGUAUUCAAAUCUAAUAAAGCUGAAAGUGAGCGUAUUUUAUCUGUAUUUAACUGAGGGUGGAGUGGGCCACUGGUUUUUAAUUUUUUAUUCUAGUAGCUCUAGUAUUGUAUUUUAUGAUUAGCACAUGUGCAGAUAAUAUUUGUUUUAGUGUCACCUGUUCAGGAAAUAUUUUAUUUCUCCAUCCCUCAUAAUAAUGCAUAUUUAGAUAUGGUCUCUCACACUAUACAAAUCUAAAUUCUGUAUUUAAUGUCCAUCCCACACAUGAGCCAAAACAGUAUUUCAUCAAUCACUUUAUUGAAUUUUAUAUUAAAUGUUUAUUUAAACUACAGUCUCCAUUUUUGUCUCAGACUAGAUCAACAAUGUAAUAGUUAAUGUUUCCCCGUCACUGGGAACAUAGAAAAGGUACUUUGCCUCAUACAAGUAAUUUUGGACCCUUUGGUGUUUGCUACAUUUAGCACCCACUUUGAAAAGGCUAUAAAUAUAAUAUAUAUUUAUAUAUAUAUAUAUUUGCCACAUUCACUUUCAUUUAAAUUCAAAUGAGUUGUAGUUAAUAAGCAGAUGUAAUAUUGCAAAACAUUUGAAUCAUCUAAAAUUCCAUCACUGUGAGAAGACAUUUCUUCAAUGAUGUAUGCCUUUGUUCACCUAUUCUUUGUUUCAUUUGGUUAGAGAGAUAACAGCUCCAAGGAUAUGACCUUUUGCCCUUUUCUAAAUAUAGAAUUUUUUUAGAAUGGUUUGUUCAUAACUGCAACAAUAUAAAAUUUCAAUCCCAAUGACACUAUCAGUGCUUUUAAAAUCACUGGACAAAUUGUAACCAUAAUUAAGAGCACCACUAUACCUAUAUAACUAUACCUUCUGAAUAUCAAAACAAAGACCAUGAUGUCAGUACAAAUUAGGGCUGUCAAUUUAACAUGUUAAUUCAGUGCAAUUAAUUUUAAUGCCUUCAAUGAUAUGGACAAUUCCAGAGAAAUACAAGCUUGUAGUCCCACCUGUUUACUCCAAAGGGCAUUAAGUGAAACUUGAGCUGCUUGACAAUGUUCAGUUUAUACAGAAAAACACCCUUGAGCAGCAGAACAACACAAACAUGCAUUAUGCUUUUGCGUUCAAAACACUUGGGAGUGUAAAUCGGAACUAAGGGAUCUCAAGAUGUGUUCUAAGUAUUAAACUAUAUUUAACUUGACACAGUGACCUAAAAAUUGUAUAUUUAUGACGCAACGCACCAGACACUCUACACAAGCAUGUCUGACGCAGGUGUAAAUUGACGGUCUUUAAACAAGCCCUCAUAAUAAAUCUCGAACUGAUUGACAAAUUCACUUGUGAAAUGGAUUGCUGUGAACUGUAUGCCAAUGAUUGACUUAUGAUCAAUAAUAUGGUAGUAAACAAUACAUUGUAUUCUAAAGCCGCUUUUUGUAUUGUCUUAUCAAUGAUUAACUCUUCUGCUACAAGAAUGUAAUGCAUUGUAAUUAUCUGAAUUU